UGAAGUUAGACUGUCAAAAUAUACGUUUGUCAUGUUGAACGAGUUUCAUUAUUUUUUAUGUCCAUAUUCCAGACAUUUCUGAUCAGCAGCUUUCUCUUCCUCGUUCUUCCACCUGAAAUGUCCGAGAGCAAAAUUGUAGAUUUCAACUCCGACAACUCCCUCUUCCACCCCUUCGUCCAAAAAAUCCGCAACUACCGGAGUAAAGACUACUUGAUAAAGCUCCUCAAGCGAAACCUCGAGCAGAAGCUCCGGAAGAACAGAAGACAGUACGACGAGAAACCCGAACCGGAAAAAACCAAAUGCAAGUGCCACUGCAAGUGCACCGAAAAGACCUUCAGGAAGCGCUGCGGCCACUGCCAGCACCCGCGCCCCCAGCAGCACCCUCCUUACAAGCCCUUCGUCUGCGAGAGCGAGGGCAGCUUCGCCGACCCCAGCAGCUGCCGCCAGUUCUACAUCUGCUUCCACAACGAGCAGGACCCCAUCGAGGUGACCUGCCCCCGCGGGUUCGCCUUCGACUCCGCCGAGGGCAAGUGCACGCGCAGAGCCGAACGUGAGUGUGCGAAAAAACAGACGGCGACUUACAAGAACUGA